AUGACUUUCUCGGACUACAAGUCAUCUCAAGGUGUGAUUCUCAACUUUACCGCUGGUUUUUAUGCUUAUGAUAUCGUAGCAUUGCGAGAGAUAUUGCGACGCCAUGUCCGCACAACCCGCUUACCUCUCGAGGUAGCAGAAAUGGUCAUCGAUAUGUGCAGCGACCGCAGUACAUUGCUUGCCUGCGCCCUUACAUGCCGGGCUUGGCUACCGCGUACUCGCUACAACCUUCUCCGAAUAGUCGACAUCCAUGAUCACCGCCAACUCGCAUGCUUUGCACAAUUCCUUACGAAGAACAAGGCAUUUGAUGCGCUAGUCGCCGAAAUAUGCAUACACCUGCCGCCCGAUGAUCCACGUAUGCUGUCGCUCUUCCCAGCCCUGCUUGCACGGAAAGUCACGAAAUGCACCCGCUUGCACAUUCUCCGAGCAUCAUCCGGGCCUCCUCUACAGAUCCACCCAAGCACCGGAUUCUUCGUUCUACUCCCUGAGUUCAGUCACAUAACAAAACUCAUCUUGACAAGCGUGGUGUUUUCCUCUCUUACGGAGCUCACCAGCCUGGUCUUAUACAUUCGUGGGCUGCUCGACCUGCGUUGCACGGAUGUUCGCUGGGAACAACUCCCUCCUCCUGCGGAAACUUGGGGGUGCCGCGCGCUGGCAAAGGGGUCGGGGCUCUUGAGGAUUGAUCUCGACAUGCAACCAGAGCUUCUGAAUCAACUUUCCCUUCGGCUGGUUCAUUUGCAGCUCGUGUCUAGGGUCGAAGUUCUGCAUGUCACAAAGAUCCAGCCCUGUCUGGACGAUACAAUCAACAUCGGGUACCUUUUGCAAGCUGCGCGGUCAUCUUUGCGCGAGCUUCACAUCGGCGUCAUUGAUCCACCAGAUUUCGAUACGUCUCUGAUGGCACCACCGAUGGGCCUGGACGAAGGCUGCAGGGAGAAUGGGAAGCCAGAAGUAAAUCAAGAAACUGCUAUGUGA